GGAGGAGAUGAAAAGCGCCCUGCAGAUCCAUAAAAGGCUCAAGAAUGAAAACGACCUUCUCAGGACACAGUUUGGGAUGGUUUUCCAGGAAGAAAGGAAGUUUAACACCCGGAGAAACUUUCUCGCCAAAGAGUUCGAAAGGUUGUCCAACGAAGUCACGGAAAACUUGACCGCCUGACGAAGCGCCUGGUAGAGAUACAAAAAUUUAAACGGUGGAACAGGAAAAAAAUGGACAUGUUGAGCACGGCGGAUGAUUCGUACCAAAGAGAGGUUGUGUCGUUGGAGUACACAUUACAGAGAGAAGCUGACAGAAAUAAGAUGCUUAAGGAUCAAAUGGAAGACCUUCUAGCCCAGUACAAGAAACUGCAGUCCGACCACAAGAGAUUCAUAAGACGUACUCAUGAACAGACGGAAACUGGUCAAAGGUUACUUGUCGAUUUGGUGAAGCAGAACAAAGCGCUCGAGGAAGAAAUGGAGCAGACCGAAGCGUAUGAAAAGAUUCUCCACGGCAAGUGUGAUGAAAAAGUUGCUCUCUUUAAACAAUUCGACGCCAGCGUCACGGAUGAGCUCAAGAAGUUAGAGGAUGAAUACAACACCCUGUUAGAACUUUUGCAAGAACAGGAAGCAAAGGUCAGCAUGGAACUCCCACUCUCAGAGACACUGCAGGUGAAAUUCAAGACAGAAAACAACUCCUAUGACAGCCAGAGAAACUUAUAUAUGGAGUUACAAGCAGAAGAGACAACUCUGAACAAGUCCAUAGUGCGUUCCACAAAGGAGAUUGCCAGGCUGAGAAGGAUGAAGGUUCAUCUCAGGGGCGAAAUUAACACUCGGCGAGAGGCAGCAAACCAGCAUCUGAAAACGCUGUCGGGGUCUCUGAAAUAUCUCGAGAGAGAUAUCUACGAGGUGAACAGGAAGCUUUAUUCUGCGGAGGCAGAGAACGCCCAGUUUAGAAGAGCCAUCGCUUACCUGAGAGCAGAAAUUUCCACUAUGGAGACGGAGGCAGAAACCUAUCGAUCAGAGCGACUGGAAAUCCGGGAGGAAGUGAAAGCCCUUCACAUUGUUUUUGACAGGAGGUGGUCAGAGGAUAAGCAUCUCUUGGAGGUGUACCUGGAAAAGGAGCAUAAAGCCCUGAGGGCACUAGAGGAGCAUAUCGAAAGAGUUAGGGAACGAAACGGGAGGGUGAACUAUGUGAGCGACGAGUUGCAGCUGAACUACGAGGGAUUGGCCUUUUUGGUAAAAAGUAAACCCACCAUACAGGUAAAGUUUUCUUUACGGCCCAGCCAAGGUUUGUGGAAGUGUACUGGUUCAAGGACGCUCAGGUGUAAAAAAAGCAACCUUCCUCACCAACAAUCCUUAUUUGGGGAAUUUCAGCACCAGCUUUCCCUACAGAGCAGACUCUAGGUGGCCUGCUCAAAAACACAAACGUGAAAUGGAAAAGCAGAUAGCACGGGGAUAAUGAGAAAGGCCCACCGUACAGGCCAUUGGGAGGGUCACCAAGGCAGUCUGUACGAACUGCGGUGAACAGCACAAUCCCUUUACAUAUCCUUUUCAUUCUUCUGCUUCCCCUUAACUGAGAAGCCCAAGAUGGCUGACCAAACUGUGAAGAAAAUAGGAGACAUCGAAUACAUUGUAGAAUUCAGCUUUCCCGGGUGUAGAAUUUUAAACUUUUGGCACAGGACUGUGUUUAUUUGGUGCACCUUUGCUGAGCCGGGGGCUUUGCUCAUGCGCUCAUACAACUCAUUUUACUUGCAGGAGAGCUUUGUCAUUACUGCCUAGCAGAUUCCAUUGGAACUCUGGAGAAAAGAAAUGCCCGGUUUUGCAACUGCGAGCCAAAAGAUGCUUGAAAAGGCCCAGUCUGCCACAGGAAUCUUCACUGUGCAAAUCCCAUCAACACAAACAUUGUUAUGUAGACACGCACCCCCUCCACAAAUAAAACCAAAAUUAUUUGGAAAGUU